GCCAUUCAGUACUCGGUCGAUUCCUACAGCGUAUGGCAGCUUUGAGACAAAUGUUACUGGAGAAAACUGCUGUUUCUUCCAUCGUCGAGAAAUUACUUGAGUCAUAAGCAGUGAACAUGCAAACCAAGCUCUACUUUUAUAAUUCCAAGUAAACAGAAAAUGUUGGGAUGUAGAAUUGUGCCCCUGAAAAAAGUGGCAGUUUUCCCAUGUCAUGGGAAGUUGAAAAAGUUUUACUCCAGGGAGAGUGGAAUGGAUAAUUUGAAGUUCUGGACUUGCUUAAAGAAAGAACAUUAUAAAUUUGAUAACUGAGAAAGUAAGGGGAACAGAACAAGGCUCAAGCAUGCGUCGCUUUGACAAGCUGAAGAAAUCCUUUCCGUUUUUGGCACGUUUUCAUGUUUAUAAAAAGCUCAGUGGGAGCAUGCAGUCAGAUGAGGGAACAGAGUGGCUUCUUGAACUCCUCACUGAGGUACAGUUGCAGCAGUAUUUCCUCCGCAUUCGUGAUGAUCUCAAUGUUACCCGGCUCUCUCACUUUGACUAUGUGAAAAAUGAGGAUCUUGAAAAAAUAGGAAUGGGCCGUCCUGGCCAGCGGAGGUUAUGGGAAGCUGUAAAACGAAGGAGAGCUGUGUGCAAGCGUAAAUCGUGGAUGAGUAAGGUGUUCAGUGGAAAACGUCCAGAAUCUGAAUUGCAGCCUCAGGCAGGAGCAACAUUUCGCAAACUACCAACUCCUCCACCACCAGCUGAAGGAAACCAGACACUGACGUGUUUGAUCACUGAGAAGGAUCUAACCCUUCAUGAGAAAUUAGGUGAUGGGUCCUUUGGAGUUGUGAGACGGGGUGAAUGGCAGUCACCUUCUGGAAAAAUUAUAAAUGUGGCUGUGAAGUGCUUGAAAACUGAUGUAUUAAACCAACCUGAAGCUCUUGAUGAUUUUAUACGGGAAGUCAACGCUAUGCAUUCUCUUGACCAUCUCAACCUGAUUCGCUUGUAUGGUGUUGUACUAACCCAUCCUAUGAAAAUGGUUACUGAACUGGCUCCACUUGGUUCAUUAUUGGAUCGUUUGAGAAAAAACCAAGGUUACUUCCUCAUUUCUACAUUGUGCCAGUAUGCAAUACAGAUAGCAAAUGGCAUGGCUUACCUUGAGUCCAAGCGCUUCAUUCACCGUGACCUGGCAGCUAGAAAUAUCUUGCUGGCCUCGAACGAGUUAGUGAAGAUUGGAGAUUUUGGACUCAUGAGAGCUCUUCCACAGAAUGAUGAUCAUUAUGUCAUGCAGGAACAUCGCAAGGUCCCUUUUGCUUGGUGUGCCCCUGAAAGUUUGAAGACUCGAACAUUUUCACAUGCCAGUGAUACCUGGAUGUUUGGUGUCACUCUGUGGGAGAUGUAUACCUAUGGCCAGGAGCCUUGGAUAGGCCUCAAUGGAAGUCAGAUCUUGCACAAGAUUGAUAAGGAGGGUGAGAGAUUGCAAAGGCCUGAAGACUGUCCUCAGGAUAUUUACAAUGUGCUGCUGCAGUGCUGGGCACAUAAACCUGAAGAUCGACCCACAUUCAUGGCACUCCGAGACUUUCUGAUUGAGGCCCAGCCUACUGACAUGCGAGCACUGCAAGACUUCAGUGAAGUGGACAAACUGCAGAUUCAGAUGAAUGAUGUUAUCACAGUCAUCGAGGGCAGGGCUGAAAAUUAUUGGUGGAGAGGCCAGAACAAGCGCACACUGAAGGUGGGACAGUUCCCACGAAACACAGUGACAUCCGUCGCAGGCCUUUCAGCCCAUGACAUCAGCCAUCCACUCAAGAACAGCUUUAUUCACACUGGGCAUGGAGACACCAAACUUGAGCACUGCUGGGGCUUUCCUGACAAAAUAGAUGAAUUGUACCUUGGUAAUCCCAUGGAUCCUCCAGAUAUCCUUGGACUUGACAUAAAACCGACCAGACCAACCCAGCUACCGGGAAGAUCUAAAAAGCCUGUUUAUGACCCUGUGAUUGAAGAGGAAGCUGCAGUUUCAUUACCUCCUAAAAAGCUCAGUCUGAAGAAACAGGGCCCAGUGAAAACUUUAAAGCUCAAUAAGCCAGCUGCCCGUGUUUUUGCCACAAAGUUGGGGGAGAGGUCAUCAGAUGGGAGUAAAUCCUGUGGUCAUAUAGCUAACGAGGUGGCUCUGAUUGACUUUGGAGAUGAACAGACAAGCCCGACUCCAUCUCCUGUACUGGACAACACUAUUCCUACACUGGCCAAGCUAGUUUUGGAUUCUUAUUCAUUACUGGACAAGACACCACCACUGAGUCCAACCAGAACUUUGCCCAGACCUUUGCAUCCUGUCCCUAUUGUUGACUGGGAUUCCAAACCCUUGCCUCCACCUCCAGCCUAUGAUGAUGUUGCUCAGGAUGAAGAUGAUUUUGAAGUUUCGUCCAUUAAUAGCCUAGAUACAGGGUUAAUUGGUGAAGUGUCAAAAUAUGGAACUGUUCAGUUACCAAGACAUAGAGAAGUGGGGGAAACUAAUUAUGCAUUUGUGCAUGAUACAGAUGGCAAAGGAACGCUCAAAGUGGAGGAUAAUUUAUUUUUACCACCCAGGCACACAAAACAGACCAGCUUCUCACAGUCAGCUGAGAUAUUUGAGGAACUUCAACAAGAAUGCAUGAAAAAACUUAACGUCCCUGUCAUUUCAACACCAGCCUCCACACCAAGUCCCAUCUUGUCAGCAAGUGUGUCCCCAACUAUUUCUGAUGAUAGACCUCAGAUUCCACCACGGAUUCCCAUUCCUCCUCGGCCUUUAAGGAAAAAUGAGCUCGGCCGCUGGUCUGGUGAGAUGUCACCUGCAUCUGGAGGUGAAGAGGACAAGCCUCCACAAAUUCCUCCCAGAGAUCCAAUGUCCCAGCCAUCCUCAAGAACUCCAAGUCCUAAGGCAGUUCCUGUCAGUUUUCCCCAACAAAGGCCAACAGCAUCUUCAAUGACAUUAACUGUAGGUGCAUACCUCUCAACAUCUCCUAGCAAGUUAAUGCCGACUACUCAGAGUUUUGCCUCUGACCCAAAAUAUGCCUCACCAAAAGUCAUUCAAGCACCAGGAAAGGACAACACAAAAGGACCUUGCAUCCUGCCAAUAGUAAAAGAUGGAAAGAAGGUUAGCAACACCCACUAUUAUUUGCUUCCAGAGAGACCUCCUUAUCUGGACAAAUAUGAAAAAUUUUUCAAAGAAGCUGAGAGUAUGGAUGAACACUGCUCCAGAAAACCUGUGACCACAGCAACAGUGAGGCCUAUGAUGCAACAUCCUGAGUAUAAAACCAAUUUUUCAUCCAACAAUAGUAAUCCUGGGUCUUGUGUUCCAACAAUGAAAAGUUCUCAUAGUCUGCAAAAAAUGCCUUAUGAGAUUUCAAGUGGCAAGACAGACAGUAUUGCACCUUCAGACAAAAUUAAAAUAGUUCAGGAGAAUGUUCAUGGCGUUACGAUGGAGGAAUGUCAGACUGCACUUCAGAACCACAACUGGAACGUUCAAAAAGCCAUACAGUACCUCAAGGUUGAACAAUUAUUCUGUUUGGGGUUGAAGACAAGAAGUGAAUGUCAAAAAAUUCUGGAAAUGUUUGACUGGAAUCUGGAAUUAGCCAGUUGCCAUCUGCUAGACACUUACAGUACAGCCCGGCACAGGCGAUGAUUAGCUCUUAGUGGAGAAAAUAAACUCAAGACAUCACUGGUUUAUUGCCCCAGUACCUUUAUUAUCUUGCUGGGUUGACGAAAUAUUGACCUGCAAAUGCCAGAAAGAAGGGGUAUCAAAUAUCCAUCACUAAGCUGAACUCUCACACUAGCUGUGUAGUAUGGUGGUACUGGGAGACAGAAGUCAAUUUCUGAAAUGGCAGUAUUCUUCAAAAGCAACAGGUUAUUUGUUUUGUUUUGGUGAAAAUAUUUGUAAUUUUAUGGCAUACUGUAACCCAACAGCCUGCUGUGUAUAUAUAUAUAAAUAUAUAUAAAUAUAUAAUAUAAAUUUUAUUUGAAAACUUGUUGACAGUAGAUUGCAGUUGUGUUUAUGUUUUGAAUUUCUCGCAUUGGAUGUUUUAAUAAUAAUUUAAUUUGCUUUCCUAAAAGACAGUUGAAUGGUUCAGUUUAAUGUUCUGGAUUUCCUAUUAAGGUAAAGUUUAUCCAUUUUAGAUACAUUCAGAAAUUUCAGUCUUUUAAAAGCCAUCAACACUAGUUUACUGAAACAAAGUUUGUAUUAAACUAGUUAUUCUAAAUGUGUCAAUGUAUUUUCUUCUUCACUAUGUUUAAUUGCUUUUUCUUCCUUGCUGCUGUUCUGAAACAACCUGUAAAUUGGCAUAAUAGAUUUAAGACCUCACAUUAUUACAGUAAAGUUUUGGAUUUGUUCCCUAUUCCCAUUCAUAGGAGGGUAACAUCCUGAACGUCGUAAUUUCAAGUCCUGGAGUUCCCUGAUAACAGUAAGUUUAACUUUCUAUCAGUUCACCAGGUACAGCAUUGGUGUUUCCAGUGGCAUGGUGAGUAAUGAUGAGUCAAGAUAUGAGUAAAACUUGGCAGCAAUUGUGGAAAAGUCUAAUACUACAUUUUGCUGACCCAUUCCAUUACCUCAAGUUGUAGCAACAUUGCCUUGGAGAAAAUUACAGAGCAUAGAUUAAAUUUUGGAGGUGGUUGAUUUUUUAUCUGUACUGUAAAUAGUGAGGAAAAUUAUUCAUUCAGUUUAGUUACGAAAAUCAGAAUAGUUCGGUCGGGGAGGAAACUAGCUCAAGUUGACAUACAUUUAUUUUGUGGUGUUACAUAGGCACUCUAAUAUAUGACAGAUCAAAUCUGCCAAAUGCUGGGCAAAAUUUCUGGUUUUAAUUGCGUUGAUUAGAUAUCCCUCCUUCCAUACAGAUCAAGUGGUUUAUUGCAAUCAAUUUAUAAUUACAUCACUUAUUAAAAAGUGGCAUUCUCAUUUUUGGGUUCUGUUUGAUUUUGAAGUGAGUUUUUGGCUCCUUAUUCUAUCCAUCAACAUCUAGCUUUGCAACGUCUCCUACUUAAGCCCUUCAAGACACUGAGAAACUUAUCCAUGCUUUUAUCACUUCCAGAUUCACUACUUCAUUGCUCUCCUGUUAGACGUUUAGCCUCCAAAAAAAAAUUUCAAAUUUUGCCGCCUGUGUUACAUCCUGAGCCAAGUCUCAUGCACCCAUUACACCUGUCCUCGAUUUUCUACAUUCAGUUUCAGUCCCUUUUUCCUGUACACUUGCCUUUCAAAGGCUUCCUAUGAUUAAUAGGUUUGCAAUCCCUCCUCACUCUUGGUUUAAAUUCAGUCCAAAACUGAAAAAGUGGUAUUGCAAUUAGUUUCUCGAAAAUCGGUCUUGGCAGCCUGUAUAAAUGUCAAAAGACUAUUCUUUCAGUAGCAAAGGAUAUUGUGAAAUUUCCCUCAUGUUUAAAUUUAUUAUCCAUCCAGUAUUACAAAGGUGCAUGUUGCAGGUGCAGCAUUACUAUAGGCUAGAAAUGCAUCCUUCUGAAACUGUAAGAUCAGGCAAUUUAGUUUGUAGGUAUGAACAUUGGUUCCUCUUUUUCAAACACCGUUCAGAUAGAAACCGGGAUUUUUCAGUUCUGUAGUUUUCGAGGUCUUCUGUUAUCUAGCUGAGAGAUUGAGUGGACUAGAAGCAAAUUUUUACUAUGGUUCUAUUCCAAACCUGGCUUCAUCUUUUAAGUAGGGGAUUGAGGAAGUGAUUUUUCAAUCUCACAGUAGUUUGACCUUUCGCUGGAAGAGCUUGUCAAGUAGCUGCAGAUUUCUACCCAUAUUCUGAAAUCAACCUAACUUGCAGUUUCUGCAGGUAUGAAUAAACCUGUAUUAUAGUUUAUGUGGCAAAAGUAAAACUAACUCUCUGGGCAUUACCUCAGUCUGAAGGAAGCUGUAUGUGAUUCAAGGUUCUAAUUUUAUUUUGAGUAUUAUUAAUUUUAUCUGUUAGAUUCAAACUAAGAGCUGUGUGGCAUUCUGUUCAUCCUAAGAAUGCCAGUAACAUUUGUGCUAGAAUCAAAACUAAAACAAGCUUCCUAGCCUUUAAUAGAUUCUAAAAUAAUAUCAAUUAAAUGUUCUCUGCAGCUUGGCAUAUGCUGUUAAUUCUAUUUUGUAAAUUAUCUCAUAUUACUUAUCACCAUUAAGAGCUUGCAGCAGGUCACUCUUUGAAUUCUUACGUGAAAGGAAAACUUUAGAAGAGGGAAAAGGUCUUGCCCUGUUCAAAUGGUUACUACACCAGAACAAAGGAUACGUGAGGAGCAACAUAUUUGCUUCCCCCUACUAAAUAAUGUUCAAUUGCACAGGAGUGAUUUCACAGUCCUGUUAAGACGCAGUGACCAACUGCAGAGUGGAUCAGAGAGAUGAGACAAAACGUUAAACUUUAUAAUGUUUCUCUGACCUUUCCUACUAGACAUCUCCUACUUGUUGGCACAUGUUGUUUCAUCCAAGUGACUAGAACAGGACAGUCUUGAUCAUCAAAUCUUUUCAUCACAGUUACAAGUGUUAUCGCAUAAUCAACAAUCCAGCCCCGAUUAAACGUGUACUUUAAAGUUCAAAGCCUCUCUGCAAACAUUACAGAAGCCUGGUCAAUUUGAUUCAUUUUUAUACUAAAUUUCAAGUUAUUGACAGGUAGCACAAUAAUGCCAGAGUUGCUAAAAUGUUCCCCUCUAAAACCAGAACUCUGUAACUUCUUAAUCAAUGGGCUAGAUAGUAUGAAUAAUAUGCACUUCAUUGCAACUUACUUAAUCUCCCUCCAUUAGAAUUAUACCUGAUAAUACCCAAAAUAAGUGGGUGCUGGAGAAUGACUGCAUUGGUCAGCUCUGGACCUAAAAACUGACAGCAAGUAUCAUUAUUAGAAAAGUACUGAACAGAAUCAUUUGGCAAAAGGCCCAUGUUAAGUGACUUAAAGAUAAAAUGUUGGUGUUAUGAACAACUCUGGGAUUUAAAGCAGAGAAACUAGCAAAGAUGAGACUUAAUACCAUUAUGUAUGGACAUUGUGUUGGUGCUAGGGAUUUCUGAGAAACUGAACACUGCACAUUUGUAUAAAGUUUAUUUUUCAGUCGUUUUGGUGGGAGUUUGCUUGUUGCAUGUCUUGUACUCAGCAUUGCUUGGAUUGCAACAUUGUAAUAAUGCUACAUUUGAGAAAAAAAUGUUAGUGUUAACUCAGGUCUCGUUGGAUCCUUGCAAAAGAAAUAAAACUUGUGUGUACUGAAACCUGAGGUAAUUCCCUCUGUAAUAUAAGAACCCUUUUGAUGUUUUCCUUUGAAUUCUUUGAAUAUUUGUAAAGACUGUACUAUUCGUGGUCGACUAGGUCUGUACAAUUUCACUGUAGCAUCCAUCAAAAUGAAACUAAGGCUCACUGUUUUUUUAAAGAAAAGGGCAUUAGUACAUUGCUGCUAUGUUUCUCCUGUUCCACCUUUUCUUUGGAUUGCUGUUUCACAAGCCCAUGUCUGUGAAGAGCAUUCACAUAAAAAGAAGGGUACAGUUGGCUAUGUUGAACUUGAAUACUGAUGCCCCUGACAACAGUAAUAAAUAAAAUCCCAUUUCAAUACCUAUAACAAUGGUAUUGAUAUAAGAACUUACUUUAUAUGUCAGUACUUCCAGAAUAAAAUUACAGUAUCAGCAUGGUUUUCUCCCUGCCCAAUGCUGGUAAUGGAAUAUUGGCUCUAUCAAAAACCAUCAGAGAAAAUAUGUGAGCAGGGAAGGAGAGAAAAUAAUGUAGUGCUGCAUAGCAAAACCAUUAGUUUGCUUUAACCAAUCCAAAGAAAGUAUAUAAUAUGGUGAGAAACACAAUAGCAUGUUCAAAGCAUUGUAUACAUUGUGUUGUUUUCAUAAAAUAAAGUUUAUUUCUGAAAUAAA